AUGUUGCAGCUGCAGCCACAGAAUCUGCUGGUGCAGAAAACGUUUGGGGAGGCCGUGGAGGCGUGCCGGGCGGGCAGCCCACUGACAUUGGACCGAAUCGUGUCUGACUUCGACUAUACAACGCUACACAUCUCGAAUGACAGCAGCGACAAGACGCUGCUGUACGUGAGUAUCAGGACGAAGGCUUGGCAGAGUGUGGCCGCGUGCCGCGGCGGUGCUGGUCUCACAGCGUUCCUCGAGUCCAAGUACGUUGGGCAGCCCGGAGUGCAGGUGAGCCGUGAGGUGGAGAGUGGAUACGACUACACGUUGCAAGUGGAUCUGAAACAGGUGCAGCCGGAGGCGGUCGCGCAGCUUUCGCUGCUGAAAACGCUGAUCCUGAGCUAUCCGUUCCAGCUGGCCUUUGACGAGUUCGUGGAGCUGAGCAACGCCAGCGCGGCAGCUGGCGGCGAGAGCGGUGGCUCGCUCGAGUCGUCGACACUGCACACGAUCCGGUACCGGGAUGACGAGAACCUGUUCAUCAAGUCCGCGAGCGAUCGGAUCACGGUGAUCUUCGAGACCAUCUUCCAGGACGAGACAGACAAGGUGUUCGGGAAGGUGUUUCUGCAGGAGUUUGUCGACGCUCGUAAGAGAAACCGGACGAUCCAGUCUGCGCCGCAGGUGCUUUUCUCGCACGAGCCACCGCUGGAGAUCCAGCAGCGGUCGCAGCCGGUGGCUGCGACCGUGCCGGACUCCAGCAGAAGAUUCAUUACAUUUGUGCUGUUUCCGCGCCACUUCCAGACGCAAGAGCUCCAGUUCUCGACCGUGUCGCAGCUCACGCUGUUCCGCAACUACUUCCACUACCACAUCAAGUGUUCCAAAGCCUACAUGCACUCGAGGAUGAGAUACAGAGUGGAUUCCUUCAUCAAAGUUCUGAACAGAGCCAAGGUCGACGAGGACGAGGCGGACGACGAGCUACAGCAGCAGCAAGCCCGGAGAACCAUCACGGGCAGGAAAGUGGUCUACUAG